AUGAUAAGACGACCAUCCCAAAUCGUGUUUUCGAACGCCAUUCUGUUGGGCGAGUUAUCAAAAACAUCCAAAAAGAAAGGCAAAAAGGCGACUACGCACUGGCGUAUUGAUCCAACUUCACAAGGCCUGGGUGUCACAGCCGGUAUCGGUAAAGCUAAGGCCCAGAGAAGGGGAGAGAAAAAAGCGCAUAAAGUCGACCGUAGUGCAUUGUCGAAGGAAUUCAACACUCUGCGAGAUCGGGUAGUUCUGUCGAUACCCCUCGGACAAGCACACCCUACUCUCCGCGUCCGAGUUGCCGAUCUCCAUACCGCCCUCAACCUUCCUACGCCAGACUCCACGCUGUCGCAGGCCCUCGGCGUCAUGAACCUCACUUCAGAAACCCUCCCAACUGCACUAGAACUCCUUCGCAACCUCCCAUUUCUCCUCCCACUCACAGACGUAGCCCCGACCGUCACCCUCGACACACUCGACGUCCUCAGAAGGGAAUCCCGUCGUCGUGCCCACAUUUUAUGGAUCUUCCGCGAAGAAGGCUUCAUCACCGACACGCGUCCCCUCAAAUUGCACAUGACGCUUAUGAACAGCACCUACAGACGACCCAGGACAAAACGCCCUCAGCCAUUCGAAUACGAUCGCAUCCUCAGGCAGGCAGGUGUGGAAUGUUUUGGUGUGCAGGAGAGCGACUACGCUGAGCUCCCCAUGUCAGUCACGAUGGGCUCGUACGACGCACCGAGAGUUCACCUCUGA